AUGGCAGCUCUCGACGCUUACUCCGGCAAGGAUGCGCUUCCGAACCAGGGAAGGCUGCAGCCUGGAGAUCCUUCUCGUCGUGCCUUCGCUUACUUCAUGAUGGGAACCGCAAGAUUCUUCUACGCCUCAGCAGCUCGCCUUGCCGUGCUCAAGUUCGUGCACUAUAUGAACGCCUCAGCGGACGUGCUGGCCCUGGCAUCCAUUGAGGUUCCUGUGGAUGGAAUUCCUGCAGGAGGAUGUAUCGUAGUCAAGUGGAGAGGGAAACCUGUCUUCAUCAAGAAGCGAACGCAGGAGGAGUUGGAUGACAUCAACGCGGUCGACUGGAAGUCAUUGAGGGACCCGCAGUCCGACAAGGCUCGUCGCAUCAAGGAGGAGGUUCUCAUCGUGCUCGGAGUUUGCACGCAUCUUGGUUGCGUUCCCAUCUCGAACGCGGGUGACUUCAAGGGAGGUUGGUUCUGCCCCUGCCACGGCUCCCACUACGACGCGUCCGCUCGCAUCCGAAAGGGGCCGGCCCCGCUUAACCUCGAGGUCCCUCCUUACGAGUUCAUCGAUGGUGACAGCAAGGUGAAGAUUGGAUAA